AUGAGCGACUCCAGUUCUGACGACGGCGGCGGGUUCCGCCUGACGCUCCACUUCCCCCAGAUGAAGGCGGCGGCCAAGCCCAAGAAGAACCGCAUCAAGGGCGCCAAAAACCGGCUCAAGGGGAAAAAGACCCACUUCCCCGACUCCUACCUGGCCCCGGGACAGCGUAUUACUAGCCAGGUGUCGCUGAAUAACUCGAGCGACCUGGAGUUCACCUUGCCCGAACAAGGGAUGGUGCUGAUGGAGAUCCCCAGCAUCGACUGGAUGGCGACCCACAGCGCGUUUCCACUGGACGGAGACGAUGAUGAAGAAGAUGAUGACGGCAACGAUAGUGACGCCAGCGCCCACGCCGCCCACCAGCACCACCAGCGGACGGCGCAACCCACCCAUAUCAACUUUGACCGUGAUUCGUCUGACGCCGAUAGCGACGAAGGAACUACUCCAUUCCACCCUGAAGGGGGACUCCACCACGUACAACUGCGACAGCUGAAGCAGCUGAAGCAGCUGAGACAGUGGCGGCGCCCAUCUUUAAGUCUGGACGUGGCGGAUAUCCCGUUGCGGCCACCAACAGGAUCAGGAGCAGCAGCAGCGGCACUGGGCGACGCGGCGCUGGCGCACGACCUGGCUCUGGGGCGUCGGGGACUGGUGAUGUCGCUGACUAGACUGCAAAUGUCUAAGGAUCACGAAGGGCUGAAGCUUAAAGGUAUACUUAGACGGCUCGCCCUCAAACACGAGGACUAUACCCCAGGGUUUGCUCCCACCCAAGAUAGCGAUGAUAGCCUGGUGGCACCGACAAACUCGCCGAGUCAAGGGGAACUGUUCAUGGGGAAGAUCUUUAAUUUGGGUAGUGGCGGUCUUUCCGGAGGCGGCAUGACUCCCGGUGCCACCAAACGCAACUCUGACGACCCUCCUCUAGACGAAGAAGCCAGUGUUGGCGAUACUUCCACCAGCAUCGAGAUGAAGCGGCUCCACCCUCUGGAUAUCGACGAACAUGCCAAGAGGUUAAUCAUCGAGCACGCCCCCGAUGCCGCGGUCCACUUUGACGAUUCUUUAGCGAGUAAUGAUCCCCAUGACCCCCAUCCGCUGUCGCUGCUGCUGCUGGGUCUGCCACCUCACUUAGGGCCGGAGAUGCUGGUCCCUGAUUCAUUUUACACCGAGAACACUGGUUUAGCCAAAGAACGUGAGGUUGGCGGCUACGACGAUAUUUUAGUCGACCACCCCGACGACGAUUACGUGCCCCCACCAAAGAAAGUGCAGACGGGUGUGCUUUCGCUGUUGUUGAAGCUCUACCAGUCACCGCAAGAGCUGAAGCUGAGUGCGACGUUGGCGCUGCUGGCAGUGACGCUGGACGAGGACCUUUCGGGUUUCGAGGACCACUUGUAUUCUCGCCACCCGUCGAUGGACUUGAAGCACGCGCCGUUGAAGACGAGGAUGACUGCGGGUCAGCAAGCGUCUAAGUUUGCCAAUAAAUUCUUGCGGAAGAAGGAUAAAGCCCCCGAACCAGAAGCAUUCUCGUCGGAUGAAGACCCCGAGGGCGAGAAAUUCGGUGGUGGCGGUGGUACCGAUUCCCACAUGCCACUGUUCGCUAAUGCUCGGCCUAAAGCUCCCAAGAAGAAGAUCAAAAACGUUAAGAUCAGAGACAAGUUGCGUCAAAGCAAGCGUCGUCAACAACGGUUACGUAUCACCGUCCACAUUGCUGAUAUCUUGAACCGCCAACGGUUCAUCAUGAGAAUGUGCCGUGCGCUUAUGCUCUUCGGUGCCCCGACUCACCGGCUUGAAGAGUACAUGGUGAUGACGCUGCGAGUACUUGAAAUCGACGGCCAGUUCGUGUAUAUCCCCGGCACCAUGAUCAUUUCGUUUGGUGACGCUGCUACCAGAACUUCGGAAGUGCAUUUAGUCAAGUGCGCUCAGGGGGUCAAUUUGCUGAAGCUUAGUGACACCCACAUAAUUUAUAAACAGGUGAUUCAUGAUUUGAUCUCUGUCGAAGAAGCGCUGCAGAAGCUUGAAGACUUAUUGAAGCUGAAGAACAAGUUUCCCGCAUGGGUUUCGGUGUUCCUUUAUGGGUUAGGGCUGUUAGCUGUGGCUCCGUUCGCCUUUGGUGCCGGCUGGGUCGAUUUACCGAUUUGCUUUGGCGUUGGUCUCUGUGUCGGCUACAUGCAAUACUUUGUUCUGCUGAUGCUGAAUUUGUACUCGUCGGUGUUUGAAGUGACGGCGCUGAUUGUGGUGCUGUUCAUCCUGAGAGCGAUCGGUACCAUCCAUCGCCACGACGGCUCCCACAUCUUCUGCUUCAGUGCCAUAGCUCAGGGCCUGUUGGCCCUCAUUUUACCCGGUUACAUCAUUUUGUGUGGCUCGCUUGAGCUCCAGCUGCGUAACAUUGUUGCUGGGUCAGUGCGGAUGUUCUAUGCCAUCAUCUACAGUUUGUUCCUUGGGUUUGGCAUCACGUUGGGUGCUGCACUUUAUGGGUGGAUCGAUAAAAAAGCCGUGAGUGCCAAUUCUUGCGACCCCGGACACAACAUUCGCGACGAGUUCCGUAUCCUUUUUGUGCCGCUUUUCACGGUGUGUUUGGGCCUUAUCAAUCAGGCACGGUGGCGCCAGCUUCCAGCGAUGUUGGUGAUUCUGUGCACGGGCUAUGUCGGCAACUACUUCGCCGGGAAACACUUUUCCAACGUCACCGAGUUUACCCUGUGUAUCGGUGCGUUCUUCAUCGGUAUUUUGGGUAACUUAUACUCGCGGCUCGGGAAAGGGAUGGCCGUGUCGGCGAUGUUACCGGCGAUUUUCGUUCAAGUGCCUGGGGGUAUUGCUCUGAACGCCAAUUUGAUAUCCGGGGUCCAGACUGCCGAUCAGAUUAACCGUAAGAACGGUACCGAUACGUCGAAUAGUCUGGACCGAGCGCUGUCUUUGGCGUUUGGUGCUACUAUGGUUGAGGUGUCCAUUGGUAUUAGUGUGGGUUUAUUCGCUGCUGCCAUUGUUGUGUAUCCGUUAGGUAAGAAGCGGACGGGGUUGUUUUCGUUGUGA